GUACACGUCGACGUCGAUCGCGGCUGCGCAGCCACCACACCUGCCCUCGUCCCAGUCGUCGUCUUCCGUCGUUGUCCCCGACGUCCUCCACGUCUCUCCCCAUUUCUCGUCCCUCCUUUUCUCCCCCUUCCGUCUCGUCUCUGGUUGCGUUGGUUCCCCCAUGUCGGGCGGCGUCAGAGUCCGCGCCGGGAGAGCACCCUCUCCUCCACCUCUUCCUCACGCAGCACCGCAAAGCGCGCGAUUUCCCCGCCCACAACACGACCAUCUGGAUGCAGAUGCACGGAGAGAAGCCGCCUCGAAAGGCUACCUGCCGACACGCAGAGGCUACGCGCCCGGAGGCCUUAACAUAACCUCCGCAGAAUGGAAGCUACUCAUCCUCAUAUCCUUGGUUGCAGUGUUCGUGCGGUUGUACCGUAUAUCGCAGCCAGAUAGCGUUGUUUUCGACGAGGUACACUUUGGCAAGUUCGCAUCCAAGUACAUCAAGUCGCAGUACUUCGUCGACGUGCACCCUCCACUAGCCAAGCUCCUCAUCACGCUUUCAGGCUUCAUCUUUGGAUAUGAUGGCAACUUCGACUUCAAGGAUAUCGGCAAGGUGUACGAGGCCAAUGUUCCAUACGUCGCCAUGCGUAUGGUACCCGCUCUCCUCGGCGUAGCCACUGUCCCCGUAGCAUACCUCACACUGCGCGCCCUUGAUUGCCGUGCGACGACCGCGCUCCUCGCCUCCCUCUUCAUCACCUUCGAAAACGGCCUUGUGACCCAGUCCCGGCACAUCCUCCUCGACUCGCCUCUCGUCUUCUUCACGGCUCUCACCGUCUUCUUCUGGACGUGCUUCUGUAACGAAGACAAACACGAGCCAUUCACUGAAACCUGGUGGGCCUGGCUCGUGUUCUCGGGUCUCUCGCUUGGCGCGGUCGUCAGCUGCAAGUGGGUCGGGCUGUUCACUAUCGCCACUGUCGGUGUCAGCACCCUGAGACAACUCUGGACACUUCUGGGUGACUUGCGUGUCUCGCCACGCUUGUUCAUGCGGCACUUCAUGGCGCGCGCUAUUUGUCUCAUCCUGGUCCCAAUGCUGUUCUACAUGUUCAUAUUCUGGAUCCACUUCAUUAUCCUGCAGAACCCUGGUGACGGAGACGGCUUCAUGAGCUCUGAGUUCCAGCAUACGCUCAACGGUCGGGGCAUGGCCGACACUUUCGCUGAUAUCGGCAUCGGUUCCAAGGUGACCAUCCGCCAUGUGAACACGCAAGGUGGCUACUUGCACUCGCACCCUUCCAACUACCCCAGCGGCAGCAAACAACAACAAAUCACCCUGUACCCGCACCGCGACACCAACAACGAAUGGAGAGUGCUCAACGCGACGCGGGACGGCGACCCAGACCACGACUGGGAGGGCAAGCCGCUCGCGUUCAUCGAGCACGGCAUGAAAAUCAAGCUGAAGCACAUCACUACGGACAAGCACCUGCACUCACACGAUCACCGGGCACCCGUGUCCGACGUCGACUUCCAGAACGAGGUCGCGGGCUACGGCGUGCCUGGCUACGCGGGCGACGCCAACGACGACUGGGUGGUCGAGAUCUCCGAGGGUGACAAGCGGGACCGGGAGUCGAGCAAGCGCCUGAGGACGUUGCGGACGCAUUUCAGGCUGAGGCACGCCAUGUCGGGAUGCUAUCUGUUCUCGCACAAGGUCAAGCUCCCGGAAUGGGGCUUCGAGCAGCAGGAGGUGACGUGCAAUAAGCAAGCCGUGAAGCUGAACUCGCUGUGGUUCGUUGAGACAGCGGAACACCCGAUGCUUCCCGCCGACGCGCCCAAGGUCAAUUACAAGCUCCCGGGCUUCUUCCGCAAGUUCCUCGAGUUGCAGCAGGUGAUGUGGACGACGAACGCUGGACUGACGGAUCGGCACACCUUUGACUCUCGUCCCGAGUCUUGGCCCCGCCUGCGCCGUGGCAUCAACUUCUGGGUGAAGGACCAUCGUCAAAUCUACCUGCUAGGCAACCCUAUGGUGUGGUGGUUCAGCACUGCAAGCGUGUUCGCCUAUAUCGUCACUCGCGGCUUCCUCGUCCUACGAGCCCAGCGUGGCUACAGGGACUUUGAAAGCACCCACGUGGUCAAGUACGACACACUGUGUGGGUUCCUGUUCGUCGGUUGGUUGCUGCACUACUUCCCGUUCUACAUCAUGAAGCGUCAGCUGUUCCUGCAUCAUUACUUCCCUGCGCUUUACUUCGCGAUCUUGCUCUCGUGCGGCGUUUUCGACCUCGUCACGUCCACGCUCAAGCCGCGCAUCCGCCUGCAGAUCGCGGCGGUCCUUCUGAUUGUGGUGAUCUGGAACUUUGUGUACCUCAGCCCGAUCGCAUACGGGAACUCGUGGACGCGGAAGAAGUGCGAAAACGCGAAGUGGCUGAAGACGUGGGACCUUGCUUGCAAUGAAUUCUACGAUGACACCUCGCUUUACAAUACACUGCCCGCAACACCGCAGAAAUCAGCUGCCGUACCGACCGCGGAGCAAGUCGUGCCUCCCGUCCAGCAAGAGCCUGUGAACGCGAAGAACGUCCCCGCUGACGAAGAAAAGGCGGCUGAGACGUCUGCCGACUUCGGGCAGGCUGAGCCUGGACGGAACGUGUUCGAGGGUGUACUGCACGAAGAGUUGAAGAGCAAAGCGGAGAACCUGCCAGUCAAAGCAUCAGAAGACGCUGCCGCUGCGCAGCCCACAGACCUGCCCCCGCCGCCAAUUGAGUACGCUGACCCGGAGCCCAAGCACGAAGGCAAGCCUGCCGCUGAGGCUGCAGCGGGCGCUGACGCAGCGGCCGAGAAGCCUGCGGCUCCGGCAGCUCACAAGCACAGCGACGACGAAGACGCCAAUCCGCGCGUGGAGGAAGUGCUCGCGCAGAUGUCGCAGGUUAUGGCGAAGGUCGAGGCAGUGCUCGCGGAGGAGAAAAAGCAAGACGACACAGGGGUCGACCCGGUCAUCCCGGGGACGGAGCCGGAGAAGGAGGGCGAGGGCGAAACCCCGCAGAGGGCGCAGGGCGCUCAGCAGGAGGAGGAAGCGGAGGCAGAUCGGGUGAGGGGAGAGCUGUUCCCGGACGCGCACCUCGACUAGUUGUUGGUUCGUAGUGUAUAUUUAUCGUCUUGUAGUUAAUGUAUCCCUUCUGGGACGUCGUUUCUGCGAAACUUGGAGGAACAUCCAUACCCAUUGCCUCAUUGACAU